UUAGCUCGGCGGGGUCGGACUACCUAGAAGUUGCACACCUGCUCAGCGCACGCCUGUCUCUCCGGUUCAGCAUUUUCUCCCUGGGGACCUGAGCCGGGAGGAUAUCAUCCUUGAUCCCUUAUUCUGCCUCCAGCACUCAGACAACAGCCUUUGGGCUGGAUGCUAGGAAGCCACAGCCACCACCUCACCCUGCCCUGGGCAUCUGGGCACCCCCUGCCACCACCCGUCGAGAGCCCCUCCCCCUCCCCCAGCCCUGGAGCCUGCCGCGUGCCCUGAGCUUGGCCCUGGGGACCGGAGGACUUACUUCUCAGAGGGAUGGUAAGAGCAGGGUGGCUGGCAGGUCCUCUGAGGCUGCCGAACAGGGAUCAGAGCUGCCAAAAGGAUGUUGAAGUUUCGGGCUGAUCGACGGGUCAGCCACAAUGAAAGACGGAACACAUUUCUACACCCAGUGACUGGCCAGGUCCCAGAAGAAAACAAAAAAUUUAACUUGAAAACAUCGGCCUUGGACAUGUCCAAUAAAGCAGGUGGAAAACGCCCGGCUAUCACCAACAGUGACGUAUCCAAGCACAACAUGGUGUCCGAGGUCCCCCCCGAGCGGCCCAGCGUCCGGGCCACCAGAAUGUCCCGCAAGGCCAUCGCCUUUGGGAAGCGCUCACACUCCAUGAAGCGCAAUCUCUCUGCUCCCGUCACCAAGGCAGGCUGGCUCUUCAAACAGGCCAGCUCCGGGGUUAAGCAGUGGAACAAGCGCUGGUUUGUCCUGGUGGACCGCUGCCUCUUCUACUAUAAAGAUGAGAAGGAGGAGAGCAUCCUGGGUAGCAUCCCCCUCCUGAGCUUCCGGGUGGCCGCCGUGCAGCCGUCGGACAACAUCAGCCGAAAACACACAUUUAAGGUGACUACGUGCUGGGUGGAUGAGGCCGGAGCUGGUCCCACGCACUGCCUCUCCCCACAGGCUGAGCACGCCGGGGUCCGCACCUACUUCUUCAGCGCCGAGAGCUCCGAGGAGCAGGAAGCCUGGAUCCAGGCCAUGGGGGAGGCUGCCCGGGUGCAGAUCCCCCCAGCCCAGAAGUCGGUGCCCCAAGCUGUGCGUCACAGCCACGAGAAGCCAGACUCCGAGAACAUCCCACCUAGCAAACACCACCAGCAGCCAUCCCACAACAGCCUCCCCAAGCCAGAGCCCGAGGCCAAGACUCGAGGGGAGGGUGAUGGCCGGGGCUGUGAGAAGGCCGAGAGGAAGCCUGAGAGGCCCGAAGUCAAGAGCGAGCCUCUGGUGAAAGCCAAUGGCGUCCAAGCCAGACCAGAACCAGCCUCGGAGCCUGGCAGCCCUUACCCCGAGGGCCCGAGGGUCCCAGGGGGAGGAGACCGGCCUGCCCAGCCCAACGGCUGGCAGUAUAGCUCCCCGAGCCGGCCCGGGAGCACAGCUUUCCCGCCGCAGGACUCAGAGAGCGGGGGACAGCAGCGGAGCUUCCCCCCACGGACAGACCCCGACAAAAUCGCCCAGCGCAAGAGCUCCAUGAACCAGCUUCAGCAGUGGGUGAACCUGCGCCGAGGGGUGCCCCCGCCUGACGACCUUCGGAGUCCCUCUAGGUUCUACCCCGUGUCCCGCAGGGUCCCUGAGUAUUACAGCCCCUACUCCACCCAGUACCCUGACGAUUACCAGUACUACCCACCAGGGGUGCGGCCGGACAGCAUCUGUUCCAUGCCGGCCUAUGAUCGGAUCAGCCCACCCUGGGCUCCGGAGGACAAGCGCCACUCCUUCCGCAAUGGAGGUGGCCCUGCCUUCCAGCUGCGGGAGUGGAAGGAGCCCCCGGGCUACGGGCGGCAGGAUGGCACCGUCUGGCUCCCCGGCCCCUCCCCGUCCCGGCAGCCCAUCUAUUACGACGAGCUGGAUGCCGCCUCCAGCUCCCUGCGCCGCCUGUCCUUGCAGCCCCGCUCCCACUCUGUGCCCCGCUCGCCCAGCCAGGGCUCCUACAGCCGUGCCCGCAUUUACUCCCCCGUCCGCUCACCCAGUGCCCGCUUUGACCGCCUGCCACCUCGCAGCGAGGACAUCUAUGCCGACCCUGCUGCCUAUGUGAUGAGGCGAUCCAUCAGCUCGCCCAAGUAUGAUUACCUGGGAGACAGGCGGCCAGUCCCUGCAGGACUGUUCCCCUACAACUACCCUCCAUCCCCCACGGUCCACGAUAAGAUGGAUGAACUUUUAGACCUUCAGUUGCAAAGAAACCUAGAGUAUUUGGAUCAGCAGAUGAGUGAGAGCGAGACUCUCAUCAGUAUGGUGAACCGCAUGGUGGAGAACUCCUCCCCCAGGGCCCAGAUCUUCAUGCAAGUCCCUCCAUACCCAGAAGUGUUCCGGGACGGUCUCCACACCUACAAGUUAAACGAGCAAGACACAGAUAAGCUGCUGGGCAAAUUGUGCGAGCAGAACAAGGUGGUGAGGGAGCAGGACCGACUGGUGCAGCAGCUCCGAGCUGAGAAGGAGAGCCUGGAAAGUGCCUUGAUGGGGACCCACCAGGAGCUGGAGAUGUUUGGGAACCAGCCUGCCUACCCCGAGAGGCUGCUGCACAAGAAAGAGUCCCUACAGAACCAGCUCAUCAACAUCCGGGUGGAGCUGUCCCAGGCCACCACGGCCCUGACGAACAGCACCGUAGAGUAUGAGAGCCUUGAGUCAGAGGUGUCCGCCCUGCACGAUGACCUCUGGGAACAGCUCAAUUUGGACGUCCAGAAUGAGGUGGUCAACCGGCAAAUCCAGAAGGAGAUCUGGAGGAUCCAGGAUGUGAUGGAGGGGCUGAGGAAGAAUAACCCAUCCCGGGGCACCGACACAGCCAAGCACCGAGGAGGCCUCGGCCCCACGGCCACCUACAGCUCCAACAGCCCCGCCAGCCCUCUCAGCUCCGCCAGUCUCACCAGCCCCCUAAGCCCCUUUUCACUGGUGUCCGGCUCCCAGGGGUCCCCCACCAAGCCCGGGUCCAGCGAGGAGCCCGGCCCGCCGCGGCCCCCCCUCCCCAAAGCCUACGUCCCCCUGGAGUCUCCUCCAAACGUGCCACCACUCCCUAGCGAGAGCCGCUUCUGGCCGUACCCCAGCUCCCCUGCCUGGCACCACAGUGGCGAGCCAGCCAGGGGUCAGCCCAAGGCAAGCCAGGAGCAGAACAAGAAAGACCCCCACCAGACCUCACCCCUGGACACCGCUAGAGACAUCAACCUUGUGCCCACCAGGCAAGAGGUGGAGGCAGAGAAGCAGGCAGCUCUCAACAAAGUUGGCAUUGUGCCUCCUCGGACAAAGUCGCCCGCCGAUGAGGAGCUAACGCCGUUAAGGGUGGUGAGAAGGAGUGCCGAUGGGCUCACCAAUGGACUGUCCUCCCGGCAGGAGCGCCCCAAGAGUGCCGUGUUCCCCACUGAGGGCAAGGUCAAGAUGAGCGUGGAGGAGCAGAUUGACCGCAUGCGGAGGCAUCAGAGCGGCUCUAUGAAGGAGAAGCGGAGGAGCCUGCAGCUCCCGGCCAGCCCUGCCAGCCCAGCCAGCCCGGCCCCCGACCCCGCUGCCCGGCCCGCUUACAAAGUGGUGCGCCGUCACCGUAGCAUCCACGAGGUGGACAUCUCCAACCUAGAGGCAGCCCUGCGGGCGGAGGAGCCUGGCGGGCAGGCCUAUGAGACACCGAGGGAGGAAAUUGCCCGGCUUCGCAAAAUGGAGCUGGAGCCCCAGCACUACGACGUGGACAUCAAUAAGGAGCUCUCCACGCCAGACAAAGUCCUCAUUCCUGAACGGUACAUUGACCUGGAGCCUGAUACUCCCCUGAGCCCCGAAGAGUUGAAGGAGAAGCAGAAGAAGGUGGAGAGGAUCAAGACGCUCAUUGCCAAGUCCAGUAUGCAGAACGUGGUGCCCAUCGGCGAGGGGGACCUUGUGGACGUGCCCCAGGACUCAGAGAGCCAGCUGCAGGAGCAGGAGAAGCGGAUUGAAAUCUCCUGUGCCCUGGCGACCGAGGCCUCCCGCAGGGGCCGCAUGCUGUCUGUGCAAUGUGCCACCCCAAGCCCUCCCACCUCCCCUGCUUCCCCGACUCCACCAGCCAACCCCCUAUCGUCUGAAUCCCCACGGGGCGCCGACAGCAGCCAUACCAUGCGGGUCUGAGCUCUGACUGCAAGCUCUGGCCGAGGCCAACGCCAUGAAACCCCACAGAGCCACGUUCUGAAGGCCUCCUCUGCCCCCGGAGGUCCCAGUUCCCCACCCUGGCCCCCUGCCCCUGCGCUCCCGUGGGGGUGCUGCAGGGAGCCAGGCUGGGGGGCCGGGGCUGCUGCCAAGAUGUGACCUCAGUGUUCACAUGCCCACCACGCCCGGCCACACGCC